UUACACAAAAUCCGUAGGUUAGAAUCAGGGAGGCAGGGAGAGAAAGCCCAGCAAGGAAAGGAGAGAGAGAGAGAGUAAGAGAAGGGAGAGGGAAAAAAACAAAGUUCACUUCACGGAAUCCUCUUUCGCCCUCAAAUCUCCGCACAUUUACUGUUUUACCCUCUAUUGAAAAUUUCUUUCUCUUUAUUAUCGAGUCAAAGUGGAUUUUUUUAAUGAGUCGUUUAGGGUUUAAAUCGGUGGUCUAUCAUGGAGAGAUUUGUUUGGGAGUACUGGACACUAUCCCUGUAUCUGAUACGAAUUUCCAAUUCCCAAACAACGAAAUUCGAAUCCACCGCAUCUCCCCCACCAGCGAACGAUGUAUUCCUCUUUCCAUUCUCCAUACGAUUUCCUCAUUUACCGUUCGUUGCAAGCUCGAAUCCUCUUCUACAGUCGAACAACAGUAUUUGAUUCACCUCCACGCCUCUUGCUUCUACGAAUUUAAGACGGCGGUGGUUUUGGUUGGAGAUGAGGAGUUUCACUUGGUGGCAAUGCCGAGUAAACAAAAGAAGUUCCCUUGCUUUUGGUGCUUUUCGGUUCCUAAAGGACUGUACAAUUCCUGUUUAGGGAUGCUUAAUUUAAGGUGUCUCGCAAUUGUUUUCGAUCUUGACGAAACUCUAAUUGUUGCCAACACAAUGAAGUCGUUUGAGGAUAGAAUCGAAGCUCUUAGGGGUUGGAUUGCGCGGGAGACUGAUUCAAUUCGUUUUUCGGUGAUGUCAGCUGAAUUAAGAAGGUAUAUGGAUGACCGGUUGCUCUUGAAGCAGUACACGGAGAGUGAUUGCGUCGUUGAUAAUGGAAAAGUAUUUAAAGUUCAAAUGGAAGAGGUUCCUCCUUUGUCUGAUGGCCAUGAGAAAGUUGUUCGGCCUGUGAUUAGGUUGCAAGAGAGAAAUAUUGUCCUUACUCGUAUCAAUCCGGAGAUUCGUGAUACCAGUGUGCUUGUGAGGUUACGUCCUGCAUGGGAGGAAUUGAGAAGCUAUUUGACUGCGAAAGGACGAAAACGCUUUGAAGUAUAUGUUUGUACUAUGGCUGAAAGAGAUUAUGCAUUAGAGAUGUGGAGGCUUCUUGAUCCAGAGGCACACCUGAUAGGUUCAAAGCAACUACUGGACCGAGUUGUUUGUGUCAAAUCUGGUUUCAGGAAAUCUUUGCUAAAUGUGUUCCAAGAUGGCAAGUGUCAUCCACAGAUGGCCAUGGUCAUUGAUGACCGUUCAAAGGUCUGGGAGGAUAAGGAUCAACCUCGAGUUCAUGUAGUUCCUCCGUUUGCUCCAUAUUAUGCUCCUCAGGCAGAGACAGCAAAUGCAGUCCCAGUCCUCUGCGUAGCAAGAAAUGUUGCAUGCAAUGUUAGGGGUUUGUUUUUCAAAGAGUUUGAUGAGAAUGUAUUACGGAAAAUAUCUGAAGUUUUUUACGAAGAUGAGGUGGUAAAUCUGCCUCUUGCCCCUGAUGUGAGUAGCUAUUUGAUGUCAGAGGUAACUAAUUUGCAGGAUGCUGGUUUUGCUCCAAAUGGGAACAGUGGUGCUCCUAUCAGUGAAGGAAUGAAUGGAGUUGAAGUUGAGCACAGAACGAACCAAUUAUUUAUUCAGGAGGAGAAGCAUGUUUUGGACUCUUACACUCAUCCGGUAACAAAUAACCCUGAGUUGAGGUCGGAAACCUCUCAGCCUCCUGUUACAAAUGAUGUUGGUCCUGCAUCUUCAAUAACACCAUUGCCUUCUCAGGGACCUAAUUUACUUGGAGCUGCUGGUCUGCUUUCAAAUCCUAUGUUGCUUGGAGCUUCUGUAAGAACAGAUAACAGUAGUGAUAGUGACUAUGACAUGAAGAGAAGAGCCCUUGGCACAAAACAGGGUUUAGACUUGAGGAAUCAGGGCUUGAUCCAACCUCCACUCCUAGCUAAAUUACCAGUACAGACAUCUUCAUCAUCUGUAUUGCCUCAGGGAGGUUGGUUGGUGGAAGAAGACAUCAAUAAAGCACAUCUAAAUGAUCAAUCAUCAGGCUCUGUGCAGGAAUCUGAUUCAACAAAAUCUGAUAAACUGCGAGGUUAUGAGAAUCCAUUUUCUCAUACUGCACCAGGUUCUGUUUCCACUGGUUUACAGACACAUGCAUCCCAAGUGAAGGUUGAAGAGGCAUGUCCUGGAGUUGAUACACCAAAACAGAAUGUUCCGCCUGCAACUCAUGUUUCAGAGAUUGGUGGGACUCAGAAUCAUGUGGCUUCUAUUAGAAAAGAAUUGCAGUCUGAAGGUGAAAAAUUGAAUCUUCUACCCUCGCAUUUGUCAAUAGGUGUUCUACAAGAAAUUGGACGAAGAUGUGGUUCAAAGGUUGAGUUCAGGUCUGUGGUAAGCACCAGUAAGGAUUUGCAAUUUUCUGUUGAGGUUUUAUUCACUGGUGAGAAGAUUGGUGUUGGAAUGGGCAAGACAAGGAGGGAUGCUCAGCAGCAAGCUGCUGAACUUGCUCUUCAUAAUUUAGCAGAAAAAUAUGUAGCAUACACAGCACUUCAUUCAGGAGCGGUGGAUAGAGAUUUCAAUAAGCUUUCUCUUGGAACUGAAAAUGGAUUUCUUUGGGGCGUGAAUACGACAUCAAAUGAAGCUCUAAGAGAAGAUGGUUUACCUAAAGAUAAUACUUCUGAGGUUGCUGAAGUUGAACCUGGGAGUAAUUCGUCCAGUCUAGUAAAUCAACCAGUGCAAAAGCGUGCCAAUUCACCAAGAUUGUCUGAAUCUAUGCCAAGCAAACGUUCAAAGGAUGAAGUUCUGCGUCGAUUACGAAGUCUAUCAUCCUCACCGGCAACCCAAAAAUGAGCAUCCUGUUCCAUGAAGAGCCAUGAGAUGGUUUUGAGGCAAAACAAAUUUAGCAUAGCAGAUUUACACAUUCCAACUUUUGCGAGGUUGGAGUCAUUAAGUAAUGCUGAGGUGAAUAGAUCUGUUCUUAAGUUUUUUGUUUUUGUUUUUUUUUGCCCUGUCAUUUCCUGCUUUGUGUAUGAUCAAAGUUGGAGCUUGUCCUCAGAUCUUGUAAUAGGGGGUCAUCUAUGAUCAACACAAGUUUCUUCACCUGAUCCAACGAUUAAAAUUUCCCUCUUGCCACAAUCAUCCAAUCGUUCAACUCUUUCUUGCAAUAGAAUGUGCAAAUAUAUUUGGCACUAGCAGACGUGAUGAAUUCUAUUUUAUACCAUUGUUAAGAAGAAAAUUAAAAUUUAUCAUGGAACUAGCGUUUCUCAUUCUUGCAUAACAUUUAUGCAGAACAAUCCAAAAACAUAUUUCAAUUCUAUGUGAUUAGUAGUAAGUUUUAAAAAAAAUCAAAACAUUUGCAUAAAAAAAACAAUCUAGUAACAUAAUUCUGAU